GCUGUCUCUGUGUCACCUUCACAAGCACAAAUAAACCCUACUCGGUCCCCUCUUCUCCUCUCUCUCUCUCUCUCUCUCUCUCUCUCUCAAGCUUCACACUCGUCCUCCCCAUAACUCAUCGCAGAAAUCAAUGGAAGCACCGAAAUACUACCAGCACAGCGGCUACUGUCGUGCAGGAAAUUCCCAAUUCACGACGGAAAUGCGUCAUAACGAUCCCAAAUCCGGCGAUCACUUCUUCAUUGAUGACCUCCUCGACUUCUCCAAUGAAGACGCCAUAAUCAACGAUGGUACCUUCAACUCCGUCACCAGUAAUUCCACCGACUCUUCCACUGUUACUGCCGUCGGCAGUUGUAACUCUUCUUUCUCUGGUGGCGACCUACAUUACUCCGGUGAUAUUGGUUGCCGCAAUUUUGCCGACGCUCAGUUCUCCGGCGACCUCUGCGUUCCGUACGACGACUUAGCAGAGCUGGAAUGGUUAUCGAAUUUCGUGGAGGAGUCGUUCUCAACUGAGGAUUUGCAGAAACUGCAACUCAUAUCUGGGAUGAAGGCUCGCAUCGAUGACGCAUCUGAAACACAAGAAUUCCAACAGGAGAACAACAUCAACAACAACGACAUCAACAACAACCCGAUAUUUCGACCAGAGAUGUCAGUUCCAGGAAAAGCAAGAAGCAAACGCUCACGAGCUGCUCCCAUCAGCUGGUCAUCACGAUUGCUGGUGCUAUCCCCGACGACGUCUUCAUCGGAAUCCGACGUAGCAUCGAGCUCCGGCAAAAAAACAACGAAGGGGACACAGAAGAAGAAAGAGAUUUCGGACAAUGCAGGGAUGAAUGGGGAAGGAAGGAAGUGUCUGCAUUGCGCAACAGACAAAACGCCUCAGUGGCGAACAGGACCUAUGGGGCCUAAGACGCUCUGUAACGCUUGUGGAGUUCGGUACAAGUCUGGCAGGCUUGUGCCGGAGUACCGGCCAGCUGCGAGUCCGACGUUUGUCCUCACCAAACACUCCAACUCUCACCGAAAGGUUCUGGAGCUUCGACGUCAGAAGGAGAUGCAUCAGCAUCAACAUCAACAGCAGCACCAGCAUCAUCUUCAGCAACAAUUCCUGCAUCCGAACACAGUUUUCGACGUGUCGAGCUGCGACGAUUACUUGAUUCAUCACCACCCAGGCUCUGAUUUCAGACAGCUUAUCUGAUCCGAGAUUAGAUUAUAAAUUGAGGUAAGAGUUAGCAGAAUCCCAGUGAAAUUGAGAUGCUCAGGUCUUAGUGAACGAACGGAAUCCUUUUUAGAGAGGGUUUCGUAAUUUUCCUAAUUAGUCGUCUUCUCCUAUGUAAGAGUUCUCAUUUUGUCCCCUAACUUCUCCAAACCAUCGUAGCUUCUUCCUUGUCAGCUUUUAUCUCCGGUUUCUUCUUUCCGCCAAAUUCAGCAAAUUGUGCAAGCAAUUUUUCGUAAUGUAGAGAGGUUUUUUUUACAAUUUCUUCCA